AUUGUCAAGCAGCACUUGUUGCAAGGCUGCAGAGCGCGAGGAUCAGACCGUUGUUCAAGUGGAGACAGCUUUUUGUUGCUCAAGUUUAACAUCAAUAGGUUAGCGUAAAAGUGAAGUCGAAACGAGACCAUUCUCAUUUUUAGACGCUGUUUUUAAAUUUACUUUAGAAGAAAAACUACUUUGGCUUUAAGGACGACUAGAGGUUUUGCUUCACAGCGGUCCUCAGGUCUUGACAUUUCUUAGAGAUGUUUGACAAACAGCCCUAUGACAGUCCGCCGGUCUACACCCCACCUUCCAACAACGGGUUCGGACCACCAGGCAGCUUCCAUGCUCCCCAGAGUGACUACAACGCGUACCCUCCACCACCGGGAUCUUACUACAUUGAGGACAAACCGCAGCACUUCUACAAAUGGUCGUCACCUCCUGGGAUCAUCAAGGCCAUGCUGGCUGUUGUCAUUGUGCUGUGUGUGGCCAUAUUUGCUUGUGUGGCCUCCACUCUCAUGUGGGAAAUGCAGUACGGGUAUGGAAAUGGCUACUACGGAUCUGGGGCUGGCUACGGUAGCGGAUAUGGCCUGGGCAGCUAUGGAACAGGAUAUGGUGGAUAUGGCAGUUAUGGGGGAUAUGGUAACUACUACGGCUCCUACAUUUCCCCCUACUCAGCCAAAACUGCAAUGAUCGCCAUGGCAGCCAUUAACUUCCUUGGCUCACUGGCUUUCUUCAUCGCUAGUUUCUCUAAAUCUACCACCAUCCGCAGCAGGAAGUACUUUCUGGCACUUCUCAUAGCGAGUGUCAUCAUGGCUGUCCUGCAGGGCAUUAUAAACAUUGUGUAUAUUGUUGGAGUAAACCCCAAUGCCCAGGGUUCGUCCAAUAUGAUGUACAAUCCUAUGCUGAUGAUGUGCCAGAGCCUCUAUCAGACGGGCUACUCUCAGAUGGGAGGGGUGGGAGGCUUCCCAUUACACAACCCGUACCUCUACCAUUACUGCUAUGUGGACCCCCAAGAGGGAGUCGCCAUGGUGUGUGGAUUCCUGAUUGUCAUCGCCUUGGCCGUUGCCGCUUUCUUCGCACACAAAGCGAGAGGCAAGAUCUGGCGCUACGGCAAAGCCAACAUCUUCUGGGUUGAGCCUCUCGUCGGUGGGAAAGCAUCAGAGGGCAGAGACGUGGAGGAGUGGGUGAACAAUGUGGAGGAAAGCCGCAGUGUUCAGGAUGCCCCCACCCUGCUUGUGUCUGAGAAAGGAGGCGGUCUGCUUAACGCUUCAGCGAACAGUGUCAUCUCCUACCCCCCAGCCAAGGUGGACAGCAGCUCCUUCAAUGGGGACACGUACGACAACAAUGAGUACUCUGAGCGAAAAACCAGCCGACCAUCAGAGGUGUUUUCCCAUGGUGGGAGGACCAGCUCCAGUCCUUCAGAGGAGAUAGGUGGGGGACGUAAACCUUCUGCCAACAGGGCCAAGAGACGCAGGCGUAACCCUGACAUGGACGAGUCUCAGUAUGAGACAGAGUACACCACAGGAGGCGAGACGGGCAACGAGCUUGAUAUGGAAGAGUGGGAGAGCAUGUACCCUGAGAUCACAUCUGAUGAACAACGUCACGACUAUAAGUCUGAGUUUGAUGCUGACCUAAGGGAGUACAAGCGCAUGUGUGCAGAGAUGGACGACAUCAACGAUCAGUUGAACAAGCUCAGCAGGCAGUUGGACACACUCGAUGACACCUCUGCUAAAUAUCAGGGUGUAGCAGAGGAAUAUAAUCAUCUGAAAGACAUAAAGCGGACAUCAGAGUACCAAUCUAAGAAGAAAGAGUGUCGCAGGCUGAGACACAAACUGUUCCACAUCAAACGCAUGGUGAAGGACUACGACAAGAGCCACUCGUAGAUCUACGUCAUCUUGACACACCACACUGCAAACACGACACUCCAAACAGCUUCACUCAGUCUCUCUUAUGUUUGGACCUCAGUUACUGGAUUACUGGGACAGUGCCAAUUUUCACUGGACGCAGAUGGACACAGGGAACAUACUGGAUGUAAUAAUGUUCUAGAAUCUUAUUUUCUCCUCUAAUGCGUCAUGUCCGGCGGCAAACACAAGUUGACAGAUGAUGUAGAGCCUCCAAUACAGAAGCACUGCUAACAGUUUACUGAUGGCAGUGUGCAGGUAUUUCAAAGUCACUUAGAACAACUGCACAGAGGUUCAGUUUGCGCUCUAAACUUUCCAAUUGGCCCUUAUAUCAGCAGAUAAGAACAAUAUUGUGUAGCAUGUACAUGGGUGGCUGUGAGGUUCAUUUUAACCUUCAGUUUUUCACAAAUGAACUUUUUUGCUCCGUGCAUCUAACUAGCUGCCAGCCACAACUUUGUACAUUAUUUUCUUAUUAAACUUGAUGCUGAAUACCAUACUCAGCAUGACUAAAAAGGGGACUUUUUCUAAAAAUGUGUAUUGUAAAUAUUCUCAACAGCUCCUGAUUAUUCGCCAUGAAUAUUUCAGUAAUGAUUUUUGUUUUUAUGCACUGCAGGAAUCAAAGGAACAACUUUACUGUAAGUACUGUAUCUAUUAGGUUAUUCAUCUGUAAUGACAUCUUGCUUUGGACUCAGUGUCUUGUUUUCAAGUACGGUAGGUGAAAUUUACUAAUGCCUAUGCAAAUUAGAAAAAAGAGCAGUAUGACAUGUAAAACUGGGAAAAAAACGUCUCAAAGUUUUUGAUACCUAUGCAAAUAUUUAAUCAGGUUCCUUCUUGACCAAUGAAAAUGAUUCCAUUUUUGGUAAUGUUUGCAUUUACUUCAUGUGAGAUGUUACAAUCGAAUGUAUAUUUUGAAAUUGAUUGACACACUAGUGAUCUGUGAUCAGUGGCGGUUGUAGCUUCAACGGCGCCCUGUGCGAGACCACCCUUUGGCCCAAUUGGCGCCUCCGUUCAUCUAUUCCAUAUCAUCUGUUGCCAGAUCAAGCUUGUUUGUUUUAUUAGACAAGUCAUUGUGUCCAACCCCUGACCCCUGUGACAAGACACAAACACUUGGCUGCGCACGGCCCAGCGGUGAAUUCACACCCCUUACUGCAUAGUUUGGUUUUAUCCACUUCAUGUGAGCAGCAUGGGGGUCACCAGUAUCCAGCUGCUCACAUGAAGUGGAUAAAUAGAUGGCUCCCAUCUGACAAACGCAAUACGGGGGGCCACAAAUAUGCCACCUGUAGAGCGACCGCCCGCCACACGUAUCCUCACCUGGUGCACAAAUCAGAGCUGAGCACAAAUAACUAUGAAUCACCAAACAGCUGCGGGUAACGGCUAGAACCGCCACUGUCUGUUGUUAAUACUUUGCGAAUGUUUUUGAAGAACAUCGGACAAAUUUGUGAGCCAUUUAUUUUUGUAUGAAUGUUUGUUUUUAAAGCUAAACUUUGUAACUGCCACCAGCUCUGAUGUCUAAAAAAAAAGUAUUGAAUUAAUAAAAUAAUUUCUAAUUCUUUAAAAAAAAAAAAAAAAAAAAGAAAGUCAAUGCAGUGUAUGUCAACGUGUGGGUGCCGGAAGAGGUCAAUGAAGUCAGUCUGGACUGGUACUGCCCCCCGGUGGUGAGUACGCAAUAGGCAUUUACGCCUUCAGUACAUACAAUUGACACAAUUAUUAGCUUCCCCCAUGACAAUUUAACGUUUUAACAAAAAAAUGCUGCAAUAAACAGAUUUUUUAAAAGUUUAUAUAUAUAUAUAUAUAUAUAUAUAUAUAUAUAUAUAUAUAUAUAUAUAUAUAUAUAUAUGUUUAUUUCACACACAAUUGCAAGAUCCAUGCAUCUUCUACCGCUUAUCCGAGGUCGGGUCGCCGGGGCAGCAACACCCAGACUUCCCUCUGCCCGGCUUCUUUGUCCAGCUCCUCCCGGCGGAUCCCAAGGCAUUCCCAGGCCAGUUGAGAGAGUCUCUCUAACAUAUCCUGGGUCUUCCCCGAGGCCUCCUACUUGUCGGACGUGUCCUGAACGCCUCCCCAGGCAGGCGUCCAGGAGGCACCCUGACCAGAUGCCCGAGCCACCUCGUGGGUCGUCUCAGUGCAGAGGAGCAGCGGUUGUACUCCGAGUUUCACCCUGAUGACAAGGGAGAGCCCAGCCACCCUACAGAGAAAACUCAUUUCGGCUGCUUAUACCCACAAUCUUGUCCUUUCGGUCACUACCCAAACGCCAUGACCAUAGGUGUGGUGAGGGUAGGAACAUAGAUUGACAAUUGCAUUAUUCUUUCACAAAAUCUAUGAAGAUAAAAAUGAUUUUUUUUUUUAAAGAAAAUCUUGCAGUCAGCAAAAUAGAUUGGGGGUGGUUGUUUUGACCCGUAGCAUUGGCUGUGUGGUCAGCUACCAUCUGAGAAGGUGAUUGUGUGGAAAACAGAAAAAAAGCCAAGAAAAAGGACAAAGCGCAGCCCCUCAGAAGAUGAAAAAAGUGAAAAAAAAAUAAAAAUGAAAAAAGCAGUAGUCAUUUCAAAUAGCCAAGACAUGUCCGAGAAGCAGCUGCUGGCCUAACAUCUGGGCAGGGAGUGGAUCCAUGGAAGCAGGUGGCCAUCUGUCUUAAUUUGUGAGCUGGAUGACGCCCAGGAGGCCGAAAAGGCUGCUGACCAUCCAGAAGGUGGAGUAGAAGAGCAGGAGGUAGCCAUGGCCUUCCAGCUGUGGAAGAGCUUGGAGGAGUUGAGUGACUUACCUGACAUUAAGAAAUGAGUUCUCAGGACUACAGCUUUUAUCAUUCCUGACCAUUCCUGAUUUUUUUGUUGCACCUCUCUAUUGGAAAAUCUCUGGACAUGAAUUUACAGAAUUUAGCACCAUGCUGUACACAAAUUUGUGUCAUCAGAAUUCAUUCAAUUCAAUACGGAGCAAGAAAGUCAGCUGAGAUAGGCUCCAGCAUGCCCCCGAAACACUAAUGAGUGAGGAGAAGCGGCAUAGAAAAUGGAUGGAUGAUCUGCCAGUGUUAUUUUUGAUCAUAGCACAUGCACAUGGCUGUUUUUUUUUUAGCUAUGUGCUCAUCUUUGACAAAAGAUGCACACGUUUUCUAACUAAUGGCUGUCAGACAUUCCUAUUUGUUUGUACUAGUUGUUAUAUUACCGUGCAAGAAAUACCCAAAAUUUCGGCACAAUAGUUUCCAAGCCUGUUUUCCAAAUUACCUUUGAUGCCACUAUUUUGAAAAAGCUGCCUCAUGCCGCAUCAUAAUUCAUUUUUGUCCUAAUAUACCGCCAUUUUUCCAUUCCGAGCCCUUUCCUGAAAAAGUGCUCUAUAAUUUUUUUUUUUUGUGGCAACUUUGUAUUCUGACUCUUAAAAGAAGAUAUUGUGAAGAAGUGUUGACAUGGGGACAAAAAUGGCAGGACAAACAUGCAUCAGAUGAAGUUGUAGUUUGUAGCAUUAACAUUUCAUGACCAAUUUACUCCCGACAAGUGCCAACACCAUCAUUCUCGACCAUCCGUAAGGCCAUGUUUUCACACAACGCAUAACAAUAUUGUCCAAAAAGCUAACUGAACUACCCUUAAACAACCAAAAAAAAAGAAACAUAACAAGGAUCGUACCUUUCAUAGAGGAUGUACACUUCAAAUACAAAAAAAAAAAAUCAAUCACCAGAGAGGUCUGUCUUUGGGUGAUUAUUCCUGAUACAUUCUUGUGAUGAUCGACCUUGAUCUCUUUAAAUGUAUCUUUAGCGCAAAACUCUACAUUCUUUGCCUUUUACAAUAUAAAACAUGAGGUAAUAAUGUCAGACAGGGAUCUGUGAAGAGUCAAGGUGUGCUGUCUGCUUGCUCGCUGUCAACAUCUCUGUGGUAAAGUCACUGUGUGAAAAUGUAGUUUGUGUUUGUGCCACUGGAGGGCAGCAAAUCCUGAAAUUGUAACUUCUUCACAGGGUGUCUUUGAGCAUAAAUAUUUGUGUAGCACAUAUACUGUACAUAAUACACAACAAAUUGACAUUA